UUUUGAAUCAAAUCGAGUUAUUCCACAAAAGAAAAGUUUUAAACCCAGAGAGUCCCAAACUCUUCGAUCUCCCCAUCCCCAAUUCUAGUUUCAGUUUUUCACAAGCUCUACAGCUCCGGGAGCAAGAAGCGAAGCAGUCAUUCCAUCCUCAAACGCCAAGAAGAUCUGCUAGCAGCAAGAUAGGCAUAAAAUGGGGUUCUUUUCAUUUUUGGGAAGAGUUCUCUUCGCCUCCAUCUUCAUUCUCUCUGCCUGGCAAAUGUAUAAUGACUUUGGAGAGGAUGGUGGUCCUGCUGCAAAGGAACUGGCUCCUAAGCUGGCUAUUGUCAAGAGACUUGUUGCUUCCAAGUUUGGGGUUUUGCCAAAUGUUGGUGUUAAGCAUAUUGUUGCAGCCUCUUUGGUGCUGAAAGGAAUAGGAGGUCUUGUAUUUGUAUUUGGCAACCCCCUCGGUGCUUAUCUGCUGAUGUGUUACUUGCUCUUUAUCACUCCAUUUUUGCAUGACUUCUACAACUACAAAUUCGGAGAGCCACAGUUUAUCCCUCUUCUCCAUGACUUCCUGCAGAACGUGGCACUUUUCGGUGCACUGCUCUAUUUCCUUGGGAUGAAAAAUUCAAUUUCAAAGAGGCAACUAAGGAGAAAGACACCAAAGCCAAAGGCUGCUUAGAUGUCUGUGGGUGUAUGUUGUACCAUUGUUGACGGUUGACACGAUUAAUUUUUGUAGCAUUUUCAUGCUUUGUCCUUCUACAAUGUCAUCAUCCCAUAUUUCUUUUCUUCUUUGUCAUCUUUUUGUGUUUGCAUUUUCCAAAGGUACUAGAAUGAAUGUAUGAUUCUGCUACUAUAGGUAUGUGGGCAUUGUUUAGUGUAUGAAAAUUUACCCUUUUUAAUCUCUUUUUUCCUUAGUAUCGUUUGUCUUUCUUUUUUGGCUGCAAUAUGUACAGUGUGUUUGGGUUAUUGCGUAUAAGACAUACAACAGAUACACUAGGGGCGUUUGGGUCCAGGAAUGUCAGAUUAC